AUGAAUGAAGAACACAAUGCUUCUUUUUGGUUGGCAUAUGUUUCUCCCAAGUCUAGGGUGGUUGAGGGUCUUACAAAAAUAGCUCUUAAAUACUUUAAGGGUUAUUUUCUCAUUGACUUAUGUGUUGUGAUACCUCUUCCGCAGAUAUUAUUCUUAUUUCUCCUGCCAAAUCCCUCCAAGUCAGAUGGAGAACAACAUGCAAAGAAGCUUCUUAUCAUAUUGAUCCUUGUCCAGUAUAUUCUCCGGCUGUUCAGAUUUCUACCUCUGCUGAUUGGCCAGUCUCCAUCUGGUUUUAUAUUUAAGUCUGCUUGGGCCAGUUUCAUCAUAAAUCUUCUCUUUUUCAUGCUAUUUAGCCAUAUCGUUGGUUCAUGCUGGUACCUCUUUGCUCUACAGAGGGUUGACCAGUGUUUGAUAGAAGCCUGCCACCUUGCCGAUCUACCUUUAUGCAAGGCAUUGAUAGACUGUAAUUCUAAUUUUCCGGCUAUAUCCGCUGCAUGGGGAGCUGAUUUAGGUGCAGGAAAUUGUUUUAACGUCACAUCUGGUGAUUUUUCGUACGGAAUAUAUGGGAAUGCUCUACCGCUGACCGUACAAGCCAGUGUGACCGGCAAAUAUAUCUAUUCCCUCUUUUGGGGAUUUCAGCAACUUAGCACCCUGGCAAGAAAUCUGACCCCCAACCAUUUUGCGUGGGAGGUCAUGUUCACCAUGUCCAUCAUUGGAUUGGGACUCUCCCUUUUCGCAGUCCUCAUUGCAAACAUUCAUAAUUUUCUCCAAGGUCUCGCACGAAGGAGGCUCGAGAUGCAGCUCCGAAGCCGUGACGUGGAGCAUUGGAUGGGCCGUCGUGGCUUAUCUGAAGAUCUCAGAAGGAGAAUUAGAGAAGCCGAACAGAAUGCUUGGGAAGAAACACGAGGUGUUCCGGAUGAAAUGAUUCUCCGGAACUUGCCAGAGGGACUCGUGAGUGACUUACGUCAGUUCCAAGAGAAUGCCGAUCAUUCUGUUUAGAGGAACGUGCGGCUGGGUGUGGAAUCCGUUUAGUGCAGUCAAGUAUUUGUGGUUGAAGGCUUGGAUAAUGUAGCUGACAGUAGAAAUUUCUGUCUUGUAGGUUUAGUGUGAUAAAUUUAUUUUGGUUAAGACUCUUGGCAGGGAUUCAGAAUUACUUCUGGUUUACUUCUGUAGGUUUUUGUUCAAAGAACAUCAUAAGAAACUAUGUAUUCCACUA